CUGUCGUGCUUUGGCCAUGUUGUGAACACCUUGCUUUACGUUUCGUGGCUGUGCAUGUGCCAAUGUCAGGUCAGAUUUUUGUGUAGUGUUUUCAGCAUUUGAAAAUGACGGGCCAGUUCAACAGAAAGCUCUUACUGUUUGUGCAGAAGUACCGGACUGGGCUGCUGGCGGCUUCUUGUGGGGGAAUAUUCACUGUCAAUAUUUUAUACCAUGUGUUUCCUGAGGAAACCUACAGAAAGCUCUACCAGGCCUGGCAUCAAGGGGAGCCGGUCAGCCUUUCAGACAAGCUGCAGAACACCUUCCAAGAGGUCCUGAAGGAUGCAGGGGUCAGCUCUCCACAGAGCUACAGCGCGUUCGCAGCAUUCGGCUUCCACCCGGUGGCAGCUGGGAUACCCUGGGCCCCUGCCGGUGCUCAUGUUGGCAUCCCUGCCAACUUCAACAGCACUGCCAAGGAUGCAGGAGGGAUCACCGACAGGGUGGUCCUGAUAAACGGGAAGGAAGUGGACUGGGACAGCAGCACUGGCAGGUCCCUCAAGGAAGCCUUGACGUUUUCCCGGGAGGCGCAGAAAUUCUCUGUUGCGAGAGAGGUCAUUGGUUUGGAAAGCGGUGGUCCUGUCUUGAGUGCAGCUGUGGCUCCGGUGUGCGUAGCUGGCACUUCCUUUUCUGCGGUUGCCAUCAAGCAAAUCUUCAGCCUGUACACUGGCCCCCUGCUACUGCGUGGGCUUGUGAACCUAGCCGUGGCUGCUUCUGGGGCUGCUUGUUACUUUCUCACGUCUGACGCAGUCAGCCAGUGGCUCGAUUAUAGAUCAGACAGAAAGGCAGCCGGUAUUUCUAAAGAAUAUGCCAGAGGCGGCGUCGAGUUUUAUGAUAAAAUGUUGUCCAGAAACAGGACCCUUCGCAUUUUGAUGGGAAAGAGCGGAGAAGUGAUGUACGCCCCGAGUGGCAACUUGUUCCCCACGCACUGGAUCAGAUUGAAACAUGCGCCGUACACAUCCAGAAAAGCAGCGAUCGUCAGCCUUCUAGAAGAGCAGGAGCAGUAAGAGAAGUACGCUAUAGACUUCCAUAUAGGAACACUGUACACGAAUGUAAUGUCAUAUUGAGCAUGUAAAUGUUAACGUCUGCUUGACUUCCAGAGAAGACGUGGAUUUCAAUAGCCACCGAUCAAGUGGAAACUCAUUGUUCCACACAAGCGAUUCUUUCUCUACUUUCAGUUUUAAAAACAACACACACCGAUGUUUGUUUGUUUGUUUGUUUAUUUAUCUGUUUGUUUUUAUUAGAAAUGCACAAAAGGGUAUUAAGGAACAAGCCACCAAGCUAACACGUAUGUCCAGGUUUUCAAACUGAAUGUCCUUUUCUGGAUCACAUGUGAUGCAGUGCUCAGCCACCCUUCUAAAUUGUUAUUUUGUAAAUGCAGAAACGGAGUCUAGUCACUAAAUAAAGCUGCUUUUCUCAUGUGAAAUUGCUUGUGCUUGACAGGGUUAAAGCACUUCCUUGCUGAAGCUGCGAUUCCUGGGUAUUUUUGUUAUUUUGAGUGUGCUUGGCUGACCAGGUGGAAUGCUGUUGGGUAAGACCUUGCCACGCUGAGACGCUCUGAAGAAGGUUAAAGGGUCCUGCAGGGAUCUGGCCAGAUGGUGUUUAUUUGUCCUAAUUCUGCCCUGGCCAGUCGCACAGCGACCACUAUGAGGAGCUGCAUGUGUCCUGCUGUGUGAUUCUGUGAGGCACGUGGCUAAAUGUCAAUGAAUUAUUGAUACAAGGGAUUCUAUUUAAUACAUCAGAACAGUGGCGGAUUUAAAAAACCUCUAUUUAAAAUAUAUUCAAAAAUCAAUUCAGUAGACUGUAUGGUGUGUAAAACCCUCUUAUGAUACAGUAGUCAAACAACUAGCGAUUGUUAUUUCUGGCCCUGUCUCAAAUUCUGUUGUGGUAGAUCAGCACAGUUAAGCUGAAUAGAAAUGUGAAUGAAUGAAUGAGACAGCAACACCAUGCCAGCUGCUGGUAAUCAUUUGCUGUUACUGUGUGCUCCGGGAAAUCAACUUCAUUUUGUAAUAAAUACACAGGUUUGGAAAAUCAGCCCUUCUGGAUGAAAAACAAAGUCAUGGUUUGGGAUUGUGUUAUCCACUACAUUGUGUUAUCCACAGCAUUGUGUUAUCCUGCACAUUGUGUUAUCCAGUACGCUGGUUUCUGUAAAGUGGAACUGCUCUAUACGAAAGACUGUGAGAUAGUAUUUUUGUCAUUAAGUGUGGAAAACAUCAGAGAAAGUUGUAUUUUAUUUAUUAUUUCUGAAAAAUGAUUAGAUUUAGUUUUGCUCUUCAAUACUUUUAUGAAUGUAUAAGAAUGGCAUUGAAUCUGCCAGUAGGUGUCGCUAAAGCUCUCUUAAAGGAGUCACACUACAUUGUGAGUGAAUGGCACGUACAGGUAUCUGUUCCUUUUUUCACAGGCUGGCGCUGCCAGCUGUACUGUACCGUAUCUUUGAAUGCAAAGUGCAAUAAAAUUGGUAUCAAAUAAUUGGUAAACAAACGCAAACACUGUGUCCCUGACCGUUCCCUUCUGCAAGAGAAACGCGGGGAGACUGCCAGCAGUUGGUCACCAUGACUGACACAAUUAGGUUAAUAUGAAUCCUUGCCAGAAAUGAUGUUUAUUACAGAAUACUAAACAGCUCUUUAUCAACAGAGAUAUAGAAACACAAGACGAGGUACAGAGAGACUAGCCGUGGUGCCCUCGGACACAGAUCUGCUGUCUUGUUUUCUUUCGGACAUGAGCAGGCAUUAAGUAAAUAC